GCGCCGUCCCGCACUUUGUCCCCCUCUUCCCCCCCCCCUCAGUGACGACGGGAUCCUCCUCUCGUCUCUCCAUAAAGCUGUGCUUUGUCUUGUCUGUCUGACACGGCCCUUCAUCCUCCAUCUUUCACCCCCAUAAUGGCCGACUCCGACCCCGUCCACUUCUUUGACAUCUUCUCCGACCUCCCCGGUCCCUCCAAAUCAUGGUCCGCCAACGCACUGCGAGUCCGCGCCGUGCUCAACUUCAAGGGCAUCCCCUACACCCAAAGCUGGAUCUCCUACCCGGACAUCAAGCCCUUGCUCGCCGGGCUGGCCCUGCCCCCCAACGCACACGGCACCCCCUACACGCUGCCCGCCAUCACCCAUCAGCAGUCAAUCCCCUCCAACCCCUACGGCGCCAUGAUGGACUCGCUUCCCAUCGCCAUGCAUCUCGAUCGGGUGUUUCCCUCCCCGCCGCUGUUUCCCUCUGGCGACGCCAGCUACGCCCUGUUUCUGGCGGUGAAUAGGAUCGCCAGGCUGCUCGAACCCGCAUACCGGCCACUCAUCGUCCCGCGCGUGGCGGACCAUCUGGAUCCGCGGGGCCAGAAGUACUUCGUUGAGACGCGGUCCGCGGCCUUGGGGAAGCCGUUGGCGGAGGUGCGGCCGACGGACCCGGAGAGUCUGGACAAGCUGUGGCAGGUGGCCGAGACUGAGUCCGCGGUGUUGAUCAAGAUGCUGCAGGGCAGAGCCGGGAAGAAGGGACCGUUCUUCGAAGGGGAAACGCCGGGUCUCGCGGAUCUGGUCUUGGUUUGCCAUCUGGCGUUUAUCGCGCGCUUUGACCAGGAGCUCUUUCGGAAGUUCAUGGGUCUGGGCACAGGGGAACUCCUGGCUCUGUACACGGCCUGCUUGCCCUGGUUGGAGGGCCAGGGCGAGGAAAGAGAAUGGUCGAUUCCCCAGUCCUCCUAGGUCUUCAUCUAACCGAUCUGACAUCGGCUCUAUCUUGCUAACUUGCCUUCCAUAUCGUGGCUUGUCGGGAGAGUCUCCGAUGGCUCUCCAUCAGCAACAAUGUUAGUUCAAUCCCACCAGAUCAGGAUUCAUUCGGUGCCAUGUAUAUCCUUCCACUCACGUCCUUCUCCUUCUGAGGCCGGAUACCGUAGUUCUUGGCUGCUUUCGUUUCACUUCGACACUAGAGCUCACAUAUUCACGACACCGGUGGAAUCUAUUUGACAUAUUUCUUGACUGAGUACAUUG